AUGCGUCGAAUAUCUUGCAAAAUGCCGCUUGAAGUGCUGCUAUUCGGUCUGUCGGCUAACCCGCCGACAGGACAAAGGGGACACAUGGGUAUAGUACAGCACUGUCGUAACUUAUAUGACGAGAUUUGGCUUAUGCCAGUGUAUCAGCACAUUUACUCGAGUAAAAGGCAGCUUGCGCCUUUCGAGCACCGUGUUGAGAUGUGUCGCCUAGCGUUAGAGACGCUUAGGGCCCAAAAUGACGGCGGCGCCAAGCUCAAGGUAAUAGAAGAAGAGCGUAACAUGUAUGAAGACUCAGUUUCCAUGAGUGGUAGUCCAAAGAAGCUACAACUUGGUAGCAUUGACCUCGUCCAUUAUCUACGGAAUAAAUAUCGGAACACGAACUUUACAAUGCUGCUCGGAGGCGACACGUACUUAGACCUUUUGGCCGGUAAAUGGAAACGUGGCGAUGAACUUAGAAAGCUCGUGAAAUUGUUAGUGGUAGACCGCAAGGGAGUCGAUUCGACAUGGAGAGAUCAAAACGUUGCUGAAGAUUGCGUGACGUACAUUCAUGUGCCUCAGCUUGACGACGUGUCAUCCACGAUAGCCAGAAAUACGACGGAUUACGCUGAGGCGGCCAAGUAUCUGGAUCCAGUGGUUCUGGACUAUAUUGUCCAGCACAAACUUUAUGCCUUUGCUACUGAUUCUGGAUGA